AUGCAAGCUACCUCUAGCAUCCCUAGACCGCCACGCCCGAGACGCUCACGAAUAAAAAUUCCUCCAAACCUUGCAAACCGAGAAAGAACUUUAUCAGACAACACAGAAAGAACGAACCCAGAGCAGCCAAGAACCAAAAAUCCAAGCCUGCCUCCUACUUCCAAUAAUCUUUCACUUAAUAACUCACAAUAUCCAGACGAAAGAACAAUGGUCAAUCUCCAGCACGCUUUACUUAUUGAAGAAAAGCUAUGAGGACUCCUAGAAAAGCUCAGACAUGGAAUUGCUGAAAAAUCCUUAUGUGAAGAUUACUGGGCAUUUAGUGAAGAAAGUCCUUUGCCGAUCCUCGAAAGACUCUUUAGUGAAGAAAGGACACGAAAAGUAAUCAGACAAGCCUGUAUCAUUGAGCUCUCAGUAGUCUGCUUUGCAGGAUUCUGCUUCGGAGGUGAUAUGCCUCCAGACUUAAUCCAGCAGUUUCGGAAUUUAUUCUUCUAUGUCCAUCAGAACUAUCUCAGUUGCAUGAAACUUAUGCUAUUUCGAUGCAAUGGAGAUUCUCUGAACAAUACUUGGGUUCAGUCUGUAAAUAGAGUCAUAAAAGAGAAGCAGGUCGAAAUCGCCAGCAAAGGUGGCCAGAGUGGGUUCAUGAAGCAGCACAACAGCAUCAUGUGCAAAAUUUUGGAAGCAAUAGGCUCCGUGGUAAGAGGGCCAAUACAGAGCACCUUGUUUUCAAUCAUGUAUAACUUGGAUAGCAUCACAUAUGUAAGGGCAAGGUGACUGCUAGAAAACGCGAUGGCAAGUAUGCCAAUCAUUAUGCCGAUCUCUGACCUUGCCCCACCUAUGCUGCCUCCAGCACCUUAUCUUCCAGCGAUCCAAAACAGAUCUUACUCUUUAGUGGUUGAUUUAGACGAAACUUUGGUGCAUUAUUUUGAAGCUGGGGCUGACAGCAAGUUGCUUGUGAGGCCAGGAUGUGCCACAUUUUUGAAUGAGCUGAAGAAAUACUAUGAAAUCACUAUUUUUACAGCUGCUUUGCAAGACUACGCAGACUGAGCAAUAGAUAGUAUUGAUACAGAGAACGCUAUAUCAUACAGACUUUAUAGACAUCACACAAUAUCUCUUGGGCCGAUCUUUAUGAAAGAUUUAUCCAGACUGGGAAGAGACCUGAGCAAAGCUAUCAUAAUUGAUAACGUUACAGACAAUUUUAGGCUGCAGCCUGAAAACGGGCUAACUAUGAAAAGCUGAUUUGAAGAUAUCAAUGAUACUUGCCUUCUAGAAAUUAUACCCCUUUUGAAAGAAAUUGUAAUAAAAGAAGUCCCCGAUGUAAGAAUAGCUUUGAGGAACUAUCGGGACCAGGUGCUUCGACAAAUAAUCAAAGGAAUCCCAAAUCCUCAUUUAAAUUUAAUCACGUCAGUUAAAUCUUAA